CGAUCUUUUGUGUUUUCGUUACGCGUAAGCUCGACACCAAAGAAGUAGCAGUUUGUUGUUUUGGGGUUGAGGUGAACUAAAUCUACAUCGUGUGUUCGUUUAUAAAAAAGUCGUUUUAAACCAUUUGCGAUACGUACAACCGUUACAUUAGAAAUGUCUGAAUAUUAAAUCCUGAUACGAUGGUGUUUUAUUGCAGCGCAUAUAACUGUAAAAAUUCUACGAAGGACAAGAGCCUGUCAUUCCACCAGUUCCCCCUGAACAACCCCAAUUUGCUGAAAAAAUGGCUGAAGAAUUUAAGGUGGAAAGAUUGGACUCCAGCUUCACAUAGUAAAAUCUGCUCCGUCCACUUUGAUAAGAAAUGUUUAACAGUUGAGGGAAAGAGAAUAAGACUGCAACCAUGGGCUGUGCCAACCAUCUUUACAUUUUCAAACCGAGAGCAAGAAAGAAAGGCUAAGAUUAACCCAAGAAGCAGAAGAGCUUUGGGUCUUGUUGGCAACUCAAACCCUGCUGUGCCAGGUGAAGCUUCCAGUGAUGCACAAGACACAGCAGCAGCAGACUCCGAAAAAUUUGAUGGAAACAGCUCAGAGCACCAAACUACAGAUAACCAGAACACUACUAAGAAAAGGUCCAAACAGAUGACAGCAGACCUACCGAGUAAUACUGUGCAGCCUCUUACAGGUCCAGAGAAAAGCCCACCAUGGACCAUCCUGGGAGAUGAGGCUCUUGACAAAAACAUGACUUUACCCAGUUUCUUUCACAGUGGAUACUGCUUACCAAAGAACAUCCACUGGACAGGAGAUGAUGAAUUAAAUAUAACACCACAUGUAGUUUAUGGAGUUCCAGGGCAAACACAACCCCAUAUAAUUGAGGUUAAGGAGAAGUGGGAGUGGCUUGGCCUUGAUGUCAGAGGCCCAUUCUCUCCCACAGUAGAUCAGCAUACGCACAUCAUGACCCUGACUGACUAUCACUCCAAAUGGGUGGAGGCAUUUCCUUUGACUGAAAAACUCUGUAAGGAUGUGGCCGGGUAUCUCGCUGACAUCAUCCGACAGCAGGGCUACCCUCUCGGAAUUCUCUCCCGGCUUUCCAGACAAACCAUCGUGGAAAUUAACCGUGAAUUGAAGAAACACCUAAGGUUGCUUGCAAACUCCUUGGUGAUACACCACCGCCAAACUGGUUACGUGGAUCUGGUCACUGAAUCACUUCUCAAUGAGAUGCUGGAUGAGCUGGUAAAGAAACACAAAAGCUUCUGGCACGUGGCCCUCCCUGCUGCCACCCUUCGCCUCUGCUGCACAAAUCACCCCACGACCAGGGAGAAACCCUUUACCCGCAUUUGUGCCAGUGAUACGCCAUUCUCAUCUUUACCCAGACAGCUGCCUUACAGUGCUACUGAUGUUCGCUUAAGUUCUUUUGUCAUCUCAAACACUAAAGCCAAUAUUCCAGGAACUGUUACGGAGACAUUGUUGCAGUUGAAUGAAGAAUCAAAUUCGAUGGUACAGAUCCUAGAAGAAGUUGUCACGUCAUAGUUGUCACAUUUGUAUUCUGUUAAUGUUUCCAUAUUUUGAUUUGGUCCUUUUUAUAAUAAAUAGAAUAGAAAUAAAAAAAAGAAUUUCAUGUCAAGCACCCUCCCAGUUUUGCUCCGUUGAAUUGUACAGAUAUUGUAAAGAAAUAAAAUUAUUUUUCAAAC